UCGGUACCUUUGGCCGUAUGUUUUACACGGACUUGUUUUGAAAACGCACCGAAAAGCCCGGGUUGAACAUGGGGUUAGAGAAGCAUGGAGGAAAAUGAGGGCAUACAACAGAGCCAGUUCAAUGUCCUAACCAGAUAAAUAAUGUGGAGGAGCUUGCUACUGAGGGGCACCACCUGUCUCUUGCAGGUGGCAGCCCCAAGGUUUCACCAAAGACACUUUUCAUCCAUCUCCUGUGUGAGACUUUUUACUCAGAGGAUCCUUCACAGGCCUGCAUGCGGUGUAGAGCCUCUUGGUAAAGGCUAUUUCCUGGCACACAGCGGAACGAGGGCUUACAAAAAGGAUGCCAAGUGUACUGUAGAGAUUCCUGCGAGCCCCAUCACAAUCGCAGACAUCAAACAGUAUCUGCGCACCAAAGACAUUCUCUUCCACGAUGGUCACAGCUGCCUCCACAUCCCGAGCAUCUUUGUCAAUCCGUCCACCAGGAGGGACAUCUUCUCCUUAUUCAUUGACAAAACCACCGGUCAGUUUCUUUGUAAAGACACGCUGGUGGAAGGGAGCUGGGAGGAUCUCCAGGACUGCCUGGAGGUGAUGCUGAAGGAGGAGCAGGACUUCCUCAGCCCUCAUGUGCUGCUGGGAUACCCAGAGAGUGUGGAGGAGCAGGAGGACAGGGAGAGAGAGCUGAGGGAGGUGCAGAGGAUCUGGUCCAGCUCUGUGCCCUUCACUGACCUCCCCGAGGACGAGGCACGGCUAAUUAAAACCAUGUUCCAGAUCACAAAGAUCUCUAAUGCAACGCUCAAGAAGUUUGGCGUGAGACUCUUGAAGCCUACUAAGAGUUUGGUUUUCCCUUGGUUUGGUGGACCUGACUCCUCCCUAAAGGGGUUCAAGCUUCUCUCAGCCCAAAGCACAAACACUGACAAAGUUACUUAUAAGGAAGCUACAGUCCCAAAGUGUAAUUCUUACUACAACCUGUUCGGCCUCCCCCUGGUGGGCCGUAUGGAUGCGGAGGUGGUGCUGACCGGACAUGAGCUGGACACUCUGGCUGUGAGCCAGGCCACAGGACUUCCUAGUGUGGCUCUUCCACGCGGGGUCAGCUGUCUUCCACCGAUCCUGCUGCCUUACUUGGAACAGUUCAAGCGAGUGACGCUGUGGCUGGGAGGCGACAUUCGCUCCUGGGAGGCAUCAAAGAUUUUCUCACGCAAGCUGGGUCUGAGGCGCUGCUCGCUGGUGCGGCCCGGGGAGAACCAGCCAUGUCCUGUGGAGGCCCUAGCCCAGGGGAAGAACUUCAGCCACAUCAUCAAGUCUUCAAUCCCAGCGGCCCAUAAAUCCAUAGUGUCCUUCAAGCAGCUCAGAGAGGAUGUGUACGGGGAGCUGGUGAACACAGAGCAGGUGGCUGGAGUGAAGUGGGCAAGGUUUACGGAGCUCAACAGGAUCCUGAAGGGACACCGUAAGGGGGAGCUGACUGUUUUCACAGGUCCCACUGGCAGUGGGAAGACCACGUUUAUCAGUGAGGUUGCUCUGGACCUUAGCAUGCAGGGCGUCAACACGUUAUGGGGCAGCUUUGAAAUCAACAACGUGCGUCUGGCGAAGGUCAUGCUGACACAGUUUGCCAUGCAGAGGCUGGAGGAAAACCUGGAGCAGUACGACUUCUGGGCAGACAAGUUUGAAGAGCUGCCACUCUACUUUAUGACUUUCCACGGGCAGCAGAACAUCAAGACAGUGCUGGAAACAAUGCAACAUGCUGUCUACCUGUAUGAUAUCAACCAUGUCAUCAUCGACAACCUGCAGUUCAUGAUGGGUCAGGAAAGCCUCUCAGUAGACAAGUUUGCAGUCCAGGACCACAUUAUCGGAGCAUUCAGGAAGUUUGCCACCAACAGCAGCUGCCACGUCACUCUGGUCAUUCACCCCAGGAAAGAGGAGGAUGACCGAGAACUGCAAACAGCAUCCAUCUUUGGUUCGGCAAAGGCCAGCCAAGAAGCCGACAACGUCCUGAUUCUGCAGGAGAAGAAGCUGGUGACGUGUCCCGGCCGCAGGUCCCUGCAGGUGACCAAGAACCGCUUCGACGGAGACGUGGGCAUCUUCCCUCUGGAAUUCAUCAAGUCUUCGCUCACUUUCGCAGCCCCCAUCAAAGGCAAGCACAAGCUGAGGAAGGUCGCCGGCAAGCUGGAAAACGAGGAGGUCGAGGGGAACGAGGUUGCGGUGAAGAAGGAAGAGGUUAAAAAAGAGAAAGUGGCCAAAACGACAAAGACUCCACGAACUGUUAAGAAUCCUGCAACCGAAAAAGAAAGCAUGAAGAACUAACAAUGUUAUAGUAUAAUUCAUAAGGCAGUAUGGAUCAUGUGGGUCAGUUUUACCACUUCUACAUUUACAUUUAAAUGUUAGAAUCCGAGGAUGUUAGACAGUUUUAUGUCCACAACACAGGGUUCAACUAAGCUGAACAUUAAGUAUGUUGGUGCAAUGCAAAAUUAGCUCUGAUUGUAAUUCACAAUGAAACGUAUAGUUAAUAACAAUACCGAAAAAUGUUGUAUAUGUCCUGAUGGAGCAAAGUAUAAAGUUAUGAACAGAAUGUGAAAUAAUGAGGGUAAAGUUUUGAUUAAGCUUUUCUAUGCAAGUACUACUGUAUACUAUAUUAAGACAGUUCUCUGUUGAAAGUGUUAAAAUACUGUUAAGUGUCCUUCAUUUUCAAAAACACAAGGUUUUCAUGGUAGAACACUAUCAUACUGUCUGCUUGGCAGGAUGAUACAAUCACUUGCACAUUACUAUAGUGUACUCUCUUGAUAUUCUGUACAAGGAUGAUUUAUUGAAUGAGCUACUUGUUUUAUAAAUAAAAUAAAAAU